ACCAAUGCAGUAGACACGGUUAUGUACACUUCAUAGUUUCCGAAAUUAAUAAUUUUUAUCGAAUUUUCUCUGCUGAAACUACAAGUCGCGCAAUUUGAAUAAACGCGUCGGAGAUAAAAAAUUAUACAUUGAAAAAAUAACUCGAAUUCUAAACGUACGACUAAAAGAAGCCGCUGCAGCGGUUCAAAUUGUUUUUUAUUUUACCAACAUUCGACUUACAUUCGCAGCUCAGCAGAUGAUAGUAUAUUAAUAUAAUGUCAUAGAUUACAUACAUACCGUGUAUUAUUAUUAGUGAUUAUUAUACAUUCAAGUCGGAAGAAAAAACAAGGAGAAAAAAUAAUAAUUUUCGAUUCACUUUCGUCGAUCGAUCAGUGUGCAAGAGAGAGAUUAGACCGCAAGAAUCGAAAAGAUGCGUAAAGACUUGAAUCAUUGUUAUGCGAAGUGCGAAUUAUAAGGUGUUUGAAUAAGUAAUACGCGAGACGAAUUUAAAUUCUGAGGUGUAAAAUUUUUUCUGCUGUUCUCGUUGCGCUUUCAUUCUCCUUUCCGUUUCUUGCACGGUGAACGAUGAGAAAUUCAAGCUCUUCUUCAACAAACAUAUCGGUGAUCAAACGCGACCUGAAAUUCUAAUCUUAACGAGAUUAAAUAUUUUUAUAAAAAUUAUAAAGUUUGAUUGUGUUAACCCUGAUCGAUCACACGCCACGACGGAUGAGGUUCGGUGUUCGGAAUGAUCGACAAUAAGGGGACAACGGACAAUGUGCUCGAAGUAGGCCGGAACGACCGCGAGAAAAAAUUCGGGAGGGUUUGCGACAGCGAAGAACGAGUGGAAAGUCGCAUCCCCUCUUGAUUCAGCUCCCGAAGAGUCUUGCCAACAAAUCUGACAGCAUGGCCGAAAUUCCGCUGAUUUCUGAUGUGGGAGUUAUGGCUACAAAUGAUCAAGACAAUAUGGUGAUGCUCGAGGUCGGGCCGCACAGAGACACUUGGCGUUACUGUGUAGAACGGCAACGACUCGCUGAACGAUCAGAGUGGUUCCGGGCAAUGCUGCUCGGUCCUUUAGCACCACCGCCAAGUACUCCACCUCCAACGGUGCGUCUGGAACACGUUGAAAAGCGAGCUUUCGAUCACCUUCUCAGGCACCUCCACGAUGAGCCAGUGAACUUCCAAUCGGUGACGACAGCUCGAGCUACUCUUGACAUUGCCCACCAGUACCUCUGCCCUCAGUUAGCCCGACUGGCGGUUAAAUAUCUGGAAGCUAAUCUCACUUCUUCCAACGUCCUCGAGGUUCUCCAGGGCUUGAGCCUCUAUGCCGGAAGCAUGGCUUCAUCCAUAAGCAAACCGGAAACUCCCUCGGCACCUCCAGCGCCAGGCGACGAGGCUGGAGAAAUCGCCAUGGCCUGUGUUUCCCUCCUUGGUGCUUGCAUGACGCUGAUAGACUCGGACCCAUUGACGGUUUUUCGUCAGGAACGUUUUGAAGAAUUAGCACGAGACGAAGUUGCGGACAUAGCAGGACGCGAUAGCUUGGAAUUGAAACAGGAAGGGGUGCUCUUUACUGCUCUAGACCGAUGGGCAGCCUCCGAAUGCCGAAGACGCGGCAUCGAACCGACACCAUGCGGCAAAAGAACCAUGCUAACUGACGAGAUCUGGUUUAGCGUUAGAUACACACUAAUGACUGAUAAGGAAUUCAUUGAGGGUCCGAUGGCCAGCGGAGUAUUAACCAGCAAGGAAUCUGCCUUCAUUGUGUCGAAGAUAUUGGGCCACCACCAUGAUCGAUUACAGCAACAGCAGCAAGAUGCCACCACAGGCCCAUUGUCGAGGCUGUGCAGUGUUCCAAGAGGGUCAUCCACCUCUGUACAUCGGAAAUUAAAAAAGCAGAAAUAUGGCAAGAGCGAGCGGGAAGAAAACAGGAAGAAUCGUAAGAAAGAAUGCGCGAGUCAGGGGCAGCGGGCAUGCGCUAGUUUGGGCAAUUGUCUCGUCAGAGUACUCGCCUGUGUCUUUGACUGAACCAGCUUAACCUCUGUCGGGAGGAGAAAAAUAAAUGAUGGUAUUCGAAGCUGACACCUUUCCUAUGCACGCAAAUUAUGCUCAACCUCGUAUAUCUGUAACUUCUACGAGCACCUGUACAGGGUAUACGUAUUACGGUAUACGUAGGUGAAUGAUGAUUAAUUUACCGAUUAGCUCGAGACGCUACUGAGGUUCUUGAUUGUUUGAUGUAGGAGAGACUCGAGCAAACUGCAUCAAUGCUUGGGGCCCGGCUGUAGUGCAGUAUUAUAUUUACUGUGUGCUAUAACGAAGCAGCGUUCGUUUACAUUUACGCAUUUUCGAACUAUAACGAUACAAGAGAAAAAAAAAAAAUUAUUCUGACGACGAGUUGAUGUAAGAUUGGCUAUAUUUUUUCUACUUCAGGAAUAAACUAAAAGUUUUUCUUUCGUGCUUUUAAGAUUCUCGUCUAGAACUUGCCAGUCAUUUUAUUCGCAAGGGAUUAGAGUAAUACGAUGAAAAAUAUUCAGCUCUCGAGUAAUUUGAUGUCAUGGACCGAAUGUCAUGAGAUCGAACGACUCCGAAACUGCGUAAUACAUAAAUUGCUAUUUAUAUAACUUUGUUAUAUAUACAUACAUAUAAUAUAUUUGUCAACAAUUUUACGCACGUAUAGAGAUAUAAUUAUGUAUAUAUUUAUAUUGAUGUGUGCGUGUAAAUAUAUUUAGUUUAUUCUCUAUAUUAGAGAUGUUGUUUUACGCAAAGUUGUGUUCAAAUUUUUACUAUUGACAGUAGAUUAACUAACAUCAUUAUUCUGUAGUGUGUUGUGAAACAAGUGGUAAACAUAGGAAAGCUAUGUGAAAUGAAAGAUAAUCAUAAAACCAAAAUAGUAUUGUUGUGUUACAAGUAUGGAAAGUGAGCGAUUUCUGAUGAAUGUGUAAUUUACAGGCAAUUUGACGGCACGAGACGAAGUCGAGUGCUGCGAUCGCAUGAAUCGAAUACACUAUUCGACAAAGUUUGAAUGCUUGGAGAAUUUGUUGGAACACGAGCAUAUGCUAGAGAAUUUGCUCGAGCCUUUUACAUUCUGAGCAUUUACUGAGGAUUUAUGAGUAUUUAAAAUGUACUCAUUAAUUCACGUUCUUAGUCACUUUUCGACAAUUCUUUUCGAAGAAAUAGGUUUGAUUGCUUGGAUGCAUUCAUUGUCUAUUUUAAUGUUAGUAUUAAUAAUACGAUGUUUGUAAAUCGUAAAAACUACAGUAAUCCUUCAUUUGCAUCUUAUUUUUCAGACUUGGUUGACACUUUCAUAGACAUUUUUUUUUGAAUAAACCGUCAUCACUAUUUAAAACAAUAUAAAUAUCAUUCAAAUAUUUGACGACUCUUGGAAAUAACAACGCACUUUUAACUGCUUUGAAUCCUCAUAGUGCUCUUCAACAUGCUCUGUUUGAGGUUGAAUUCUCAGCAUAUUUUCGGUAGAAUUUUCUUAGCACAAGUUCUUGAGCAUUUAAGGACACUAGUCAGGCAUCGCCUUUCCACGCGUUUUUUCUAACACCGGAGAAGGAAAAUUUGGUUUGAGAAACAACGAAGGUCCCGCUGACAGCACGUAAAAUUAGUGUCAGAUAGCUCGAUCGAUGACACGUUGCGUAAAAUUGAGUUAUCCAACAGUGAGCAUGCGUCAAAAGAACUCGUAGUCUAUAAAAUGCAGGAAUGUCGUUUUACCACACUGCGUGGAAAUGAGACACUUAAUCAUGCACGCUUCACAGAGUUUGAAAAUCGAACUUUCCAUGUAGGUGUUCGGAAAAAAACAUUCAACAUAAAUCACAUUGUAUCUCUAUCUAUACAAUUUAUAACUGUGCUGUAAUAAGUAUAACAUGCUUCUAAGGGUGAUGCUUUUUUGACUGAUGAAAAAGAUUGUUAAAAAUGCAGGCAUGUCAGAGUACCAUGAACUUAUUCGAAAAUGUAAAAUCUUGAGAAGAGAAGACUCUCAGAAGCAUUGUUCUUAUUAUUCAACACCACAACAAGUUAUAAACGUUUGAUAAUUUUAUAUUGAUUUAAAGAAAUGUUGUAUGUCUACCAAGUCUGUUACUUAUUGUAAGAUAUAUUGUCAGAAGAACCAGCAAUAAUUAUGUUCGACAAUCUUGUUAGAUUAAUUAUUUGAGAUAUCGGUUAUUCAUUCGUACAGAUAUAAUUUGUGCCUUUUUUUUAACCGUUCAUCACUGUACAAUUUAUUUGGCUGCGCGUUUCGAUUUUUGUCUUACAUUUACAUUUGAUUUCCAUAUGACUCUGGCAGAGUGAUGAUUUGUGACAAAGUGACAAACUACUUUUAUCAAACAGUAGUUUGGUAAAAGUCAACAACUUAAUUGAAUUAUGGGUUCAGUAAAACUGAAUAUUACACUUAUGCCCUGACUGUAUUCAAAAAUGAGUUUCAAUUUGUAAAUUACGUAUUAUUACCAUGGCUGGUCCGUGUGAUGAUAAUGUCGAAUAGAAAAUUGCAAACAAAUUUUCGCAACAAUGUGAAAAUAAAAAUAAGAAUGUUGAAGAAAUAUAUCGACGUAUUGAAUAGGAAGAGAGAAAAAAAAUGCCAGUGAUAAUUAGUUAUAAAUUGAAAUAUUAUUAUAAUACACGUUAAAAUAUUAAAAUUGUUUAUGUCGGCAAAAGAUUUACGAGAUUAUAUGAUAUAUGUAUAACGUCAGUCAGGCGCUGUGCGACCGCAUGCGAGAGUUAACAAAAUGUAACGACAGAAGCUUACACUUUUAUUAUUUUUGAGAAAGGCCUACAUAAUUAAAGUUAUGUUCACUAACCACUUGAAGAAAAAAGAUAAAGAAUGUAAUAAAACAUA